AUUUCAUUGUUGUAUCUGCUGCUUCAAUUUGAGGUCUCUUCACAAGAUGAAAUUACAAAACCUGUCACACACCAUCCUCCCAACUUUUCUCUUCCUGUCUGUAACUCUCUCCCAUUCAUGGCCUCUGUCAACAAGCUCAAGAUGGGUGGUGGACAAGUCCGGCCGUCGCGUGAAGCUGACCUGCGCCAAUUGGUCCGGCCACCUGCACGCCAUGGUGCCGGAGGGCAUUGACAAGAGGCCCAUCAAAGUCCUUGCAGCAAAUGUGUCUUCAAUGGGGUUCAAUUGCGUUCGUCUCUCGUACGCUACCUAUAUGCUCACAAAGCCCGGCAAUACCAACAUAACUGUUGCUCAGUCUCUCAAGCAAUGGAACCUAACAGAUGCUAUUGCAGGUGUUGGUCUCAACAAUCCUAAACUUUUGAGCCUCAAACUCAUUGAUGCCCAACAAGCUGUGGUUGAUAAGCUUGGCAAACACAAGGUCAUGGUCAUACUAGACAACCAUGUUAGCCUGCCAAUAUGGUGCUGUGCUGAUACUGAUGGAAAUGGAUUUUUUGGGGACAUGGAUUUUGAUCCCAAGGAUUGGUUGCAAGGCUUGACUACAAUAGCCAAGCACUACAAGGGUAAUCAUGGGGUUGUGGGAAUGAGCCUGCGAAAUGAGCUACGAGGCUCAAGACAGAAUUCAAGCGUUUGGUAUGAGUACAUGCAGCAAGGUGCAAUGGCAAUUCACAGAGAGAAUCCAGAUGUGUUGGUGGUUGUUUCAGGGUUAGCUUAUGACACCAAUCUCGACUUCCUAAAGCAAAGGCCUUUUCAAGUGGAUUUUACCAGCAAGUUGGUGUUUGAGGCACAUUGGUACUCAUUUGGUGACCCUACUGAUAAAUGGAUGUACCAAACAAAUGAGUACUGUGCAAAUCGGACCGGACGGUUCGUGGGGCAGACCGGGUUUUUGAUCAGCAACCUGAACCCGUUUCCUCUGUGGGUGAGUGAAUUUGGGGCUGAUCAGAGAGGGCUUAAUGAGGCUGAGAACAGGUAUUUCACUUGUGCAUUGGCAUAUUUGGCAGAUAAAGAUAUUGAUUGGGCUUUGUGGACUUUGCAAGGAAGCACCAUUCUCAGGCAAGGGAAACUUAAUGAGGAGGAGACCUAUGGCAUGUUUGAUAAAGAUUGGGUUAAUCUUAGAAAUGCUUCAUUUCCACAGAGGUUGCAACUCAUAAAACAGAUGACCCAAGAACCAAAUUCAAAAUAUCCAUAUUACUUCAUACUGCAUCAUCCAAAGAGCGGCCUAUGUGUUCACGUGGACAAGAACAAUGUCUUCGCCGGGGAUUGCAAGAAGUGGAGUCGAUGGAGUUACAGUGGAAAUGGCAAUGGAAGUCCCAUAAGGCUAUUGGGUUCUACGGGGUGUCUAAAUGUGGCCGGUGAGGGGCUUCCGGUGACUCUGUCGAACAAUUGCUCGAGCCAACGGAGUCUUUGGAAACCGGUUUCUAAGUCCGGCUUUCAUUUAGCUGCUCAAGAUGGACAAGGGAAGUCCUUGUGUUUAGAUUGGAACUCUGCGAAUUCAACAAUUUUGACUCAAAAGUGUCUUUGCUUAGGAAAUGCACUUGAAGAUGUUCCAAGGUGCACAGAUGACCCAACAAAACAAUGGUUUAAGCUUGUUUCCACAAAUUUGAAAUAGAAUGAUGUUAGACACUUUUUUUUUUUUUUUUUUUAAAAAAAAGAAGAAGAUAUUUUUAAGGUCUUUAGUGUUCUAAUAUUGUCUAUGAAUCUAUGAUAUUGUGAGAGCAAGCUAUUGACUUUGAUAUGAUUAGUUAGGUUGUGAGUUGAUAUGAUUAGUUAGGUUGUGAGUUGAACUUUUUUUGCCGUGUAUUUAAACUUUUUUGUUUUGUACGUAUUGCUAUUAUAUUGGUAGAAUAGGAAAAACAAAAAUAA